GCAAUAUAAAAAGAGAGUCCAAAUGGAGAGAGAAAAGUUAGGUUUUUGAUGUGAAUAUAGCUAAGUGAAACAAAAGAAGAAAAAUAAGAAGAAUAAAGAAACAUGUUUGAUGGUGGAGUACCGGAACAGAUCCAGCAGUUCAUAGCAUCUCCACAGCCACCUCCUCCGCCGCAUCAACCGGCGACUGAAAGUUCACUUCCUUUUCCUGUCUCAUUCGCUUCUUUUAACUCCAACCAUCAAGCCCAGCAUAUGCUGAGCCUCGAUAGCCGUAAGAUAAUUCACCAUCAUCACCAUGACAUCAAAGAUGGGGGUGUUACUUCUGAGUGGAUAGGUCAUACGGAUCAUGAUGGCGAAGAUCAUCGUCACUUUCAUCAUCAUCCAUGGUGUAGUGAUGAAGUUCUUGCUCUUCUUAGGUUCAGAUCUACGGUGGAGAAUUGGUUCCCUGAAUUCACUUGGGAGCUCACCUCAAGAAAGUUGGCAGAAGUUGGGUUUAAGAGGAGUCCACAAGAGUGCAAAGAGAAAUUUGAAGAAGAAGAGAGAAGAUAUUUUAAUAGUAACAGCGCUAAUGACCAUCACAUCAGCAAUUACAACAACAAAGGAAAUUAUAGGAUGUUUAGUGAGGCUGAAGAGUUUUAUCAUCAUGGUCAUAAUGAUGAUGAGCAUGUCCCAUCAGAAGUUGGGGAUAACCAAAACAAGAGUAACAAUUCACUAGAGGGAAAAGGAAACGUUGAGGAAACGGGACAAGACUUAUUGGAUGACAAAAGAGAUCAUCAGGGUCAAGUAAAAGAAUCAUCAAUGGGGAAUAAAGUAACCACCGUUGAUAAUGUUGGAAACCAUGAAGAUGAUGGGAAGUCGUCAUCAUCAUCAUUAAACUUGAAGAUGAUCAUGAGGGACAAGAAGAAGAGGAAGAGGAAGAAAAAGAAGGAGAGGUUUGUUGUGCUAACAGGGUUUUUUGAGGGUGUUGUGAGCAACAUGAUAGCUCAACAAGAGGAGAUGCAUAAGAAGCUUCUUGGAGAUAUGGUGAAGAAGGAAGAAGAAAAAGUGGCUAGAGAGGAAGCUUGGAAGAAGCAAGAGAUGGAGAGGCUUAACAAAGAGGUAGAGAUUAGAGCAAACGAACAAGCUAUGGCUAGUGAUAGAAACACCAGCAUCAUCAAGUUCAUAUCUAAGUUCACAGAUCAUGAUAGCCAUGACGAUGGGAAUUAUAAGGUCCAUAGCCCAAGCCCUUCUCAAGACUUAUCUUCCUUAGUUCUACCAAAAACCCAAGGUAUAACAGAGUGUCAAACUUCAUCAGCACUAUUACCUCGAACCCUAACCUCAGACUACCCUAUUUCUCUUCAAACCAAUGACAUACCACUUGAUCCCAUUUCAACUAAAACUCUAAAAACCAAAACCCAAAACAUAAAACCUCCAAAAAGUGAUGAUAAGAGUGAUAUUAGCAAGAGAUGGCCUAGAGAUGAGGUGCUAGCUCUUAUCAACAUCAGACGCAGUAUCAGUACCAUGAAUGAUGAUGAACAUCAUAAAGAUGGGAUCUCAUUAUCAUCAUCAUCCCCAAAAGCUGUUCGUUUGUGGGAAAGAAUAUCAAAGAAAAUGUUGGAGAGUGGGUACAAGAGAAGUGCCAAGAGAUGCAAAGAGAAAUGGGAAAACAUCAACAAAUAUUUUAAGAAAACAAAAGAUGUUAACAAGAAGAGACCACUUGACUCAAGGACUUGUCCUUAUUUUCACCAACUCACAGCUUUGUACAGCCAACCCUUCACUGGGACCACCACCACCGCCACCAACACGUCAACCGGAGAGCUGGAAACCCGGGUUGGAUCGGGAGAUCAUGAUGAUAUUCCUGCAGCCAUGCAUCUAGAUGCAAAUGGUGCCAGCAAAAAGAACAGUGUACCAUUUUCAGGUUUCGAUCUUGCGUUCGAAUAAACCUCAAUACAAUAAAUAUAAAUAUAUUACUAGUUUAAUUUUGUUUUCUUGUUUUUUUUUAAAUCUCAUUUUUGGUUAUUAUGAAAAAUCUAAGUAAUAUAUGAAUCAUUUAAUGUUUUAAAGCA